CAGAGAAUGACAUGUCCAUGUUCUAAAUGUCUUUGUGUUUGUUUCUUUAGGCACUCUUCAGGCUGGUUUGAAUGAGGCACUCUACGGUAAAGGCCCUCUCCAGCAUUCCCAUCCACAGGGCUGGACAAGAUGCCAAAGCAGCCUCUCUCUUCUUCUCCCCCAGAAGUGACAAACAGGACCUGAAGUGUCUCUUCUGGAAAAGUUUUCCAUUACCUUUGUACAACAAAGGUGUCCUUCCAACUAAUAUUGUCAAGGACACAGGAGCCCGGAGGCUAAGUUUUAAAUACUUGAAGUGAUUCAAAGGGGACAAAUUUUCACCUAAUGCAGGCCGGCUCUUACAGCACCACUGUUUCUGUCCCCUGGCUUCGAUGUGUGCACUCUGAUUUCAUUCUUGGGGCCCUCAGUCUCCGCUCUAACAAUGAAAGUCUCUGCUAGGAAAACUGCAUUUCUGUUGGACCACAGCAGCUUUCAGCUCUACUUCAGCCUCUGCAGCCAGUCCUUCCUGCUUCCCUUUGCCUAAGGCAGUGUUUGCAUUGAAUGCAUGACAUUCACAGGCCUAGAAGUAUUCCAGUUAAGAACAUUGUGUCUGCUGAACAACCUGCAGGAUUGCAAGCACCAGGUAGUGUGAGUCUAAGGACACAUUCUUUCCGAGUGCCUUUGCUUACAGCCAGAAUUGCCAGCAAUGAAUUCAGUUUACAGUGUUGUCAGCCUGCCAUUUCUUAUAUGCUAGAUAAUACCUUUCUAAAAACAGAGCACCCCAUGGGAACCAUUGAUGCAGGGGGAGGGCAACUGGGAGGAAGAAUAUCUCCAACAUGCUAAGUUAUGACUCCUGCUGAGACUGAAUUUCAGUUACAUGGAAGCAGUAGAACAGCUGUAGUGGAUGAGUUGAAAAUCCAGCUGUAUUCAGCCUUUAACUGGUGCUGAUCUGACAUCCUUUCCAGAAAAAUGGCCCAAAAGACGAUUCUACUAUCCAGAAUGACCUCAAUGAAUCGUUUGAGGAAGAAGUUAGAGCAUUCCUCAGUGAUGAAGAGAAACUGCAUCUUUUUGACGACCUCACAAAGGUUAAUCCGGUGACAACUACAACAGGUAACAAAUCUGAAGAUUUUUGUUACAAACAGACACAGGAAGAGUUGAAUACACUUUGCAAAAGAUGCUAACAGAAGGUGUGUCUUUCAGUUCUGAAAUGUCUUCAAGCAAGAUAUACAGUAAACUUGUUUUAUACAAAUGCUGGCUGCAGCCUGGUGGCUUUAAAUCCGUUUCAGCCUGUCUCCUACCUCUAUUCACCAGAGCUUAUGAGAGAGUACCAUGUUGCACUUCACCCUCAGGAUUUAAAACCUCACAUCUUUGCAGUGGCUGAGCAAACCUACCGAAACGUCCAAAGCCAGAUAGCCCCUGUAAACCAGUCUAUAAUUGUAAGUGGAGAAAGUGGUGCUGGGAAGACCUGGACAUCUCGCUGCCUUAUGAAAUUCUAUGCUUCUGUUGCUGCUCCAGUUAUCUCCCCUAAAGGCAGUGAAACUGUGGAAAGGAUAGAGAAAAGAGUGUUGGAUUCCAACCCUGUCAUGGAAGCAUUUGGAAACGCAUGUACCCUGCGGAAUAACAACAGCAGCCGUUUUGGAAAGUAUAUCCAGCUUCAGUUAGACAGGUGUCACCAUCUGACUAGUGCUUCCAUUCAAACUUUCCUUUUGGAGAAGACCAGAGUUGUGUAUCAGGCCCCCAGUGAAAGAAACUUCCAUAUUUUUUAUCAGAUCACAAAAGGUGCUACUGCAGAUGAGAGGUUGGAAUGGAACCUUCCAGAAGGGGCUGAGUAUUGUUGGCUGCCAAAUUCUGAAAGGAACUUAGAUGAGGACUGCUUCGAGGUGACCAGAGAUGCCAUGUUUCACUUGGGCAUUGACCACUCCACACAGAACAAUAUUUUCAAGGUACUUUCAGGCCUUCUUCAUCUUGGGAAUGUUCAAUUCUCUAAUCCAGUGGAUGAAUCUCAGCCUUGUGAACUAGAAGACAAAACCAAAGACUCUGUGAAGACUGCUGGAGCUUUGCUGCACAUCCCUGUUGAGGAGCUGCUGGAGUCGCUGAGGAUUCGAACAAUAACUGCUGGAAAACAACAACAGGUCUUCAAGAAGCCAUGCUCCAGAACCGAGUGUGAGACCAGGAGGGACUGCCUUGCCAAAGUGAUUUAUGCCAAAUUGUUUGAGUGGCUCGUUUUGGUCAUAAAUGAAAGCAUCUAUGCAGAUUCAUCAACAUGGACCAACUUCAUAGGUUUGUUGGAUGUUUACGGUUUUGAAGCCUUCCCUGAAAACAACUUGGAACAACUUUGUAUUAACUAUGCCAACGAGAAACUGCAGCAGCACUUUGUAGUGCACUAUCUGAAAGCACAACAGGAAGAAUAUGCAGCUGAAGGCUUACAGUGGUCUUUCAUCGACUACCAGGAUAACCAGAAGUGCCUUGAUCUGAUAGAGGGCAAUCCCCUCAGCAUUUUUUCUUUGCUGAAUGAGGAGUGCCGUCUGAAUAGAUCCUGUAACACUGACCUCUUUCAAACUCGGAUUGAGAAGGCCUUGUCUAGUAAUCAAUGUUUAAGUCGAAACAAGUUUAGUAAGAAGCCUAACUUUAUUAUUUCACAUUAUGCUGGCAAAGUCUGCUAUCAGUUGGCAACAAUGGUGGAGAAAAAUAAGGACCCCAUUGCACCAGAACUGGUUCAGGUUCUGCAGAAUUCAAAGGACCCUUUGCUUCAGAAAUUAUUUCCUGUGACAGAAAGGAACCAAAAUAACAUCAAACCCCAGAACAGAGCAGCUGUGGUGACAGUGGUGGCCAAGUUCAAGGCUUCACUUGAACAUCUCAUGGAGAUUCUGAAUAGCACCACACCACAUUACAUCCGAUGCAUCAAGCCUAAUGCCGACUGCAAGGCAAUGACUUUUAAAAGACAAGAGGUUCUCAGCCAGCUUAAGGCAUGUGGAAUUGUUGAAGCCAUCACCAUCAGUGCAGCAGGCUUCCCUGUUAGAAUCCCUCUCCAGAGUUUCACUGAGCGCUAUGAAAUACUGAGAACAUCACGUGGAUGCAAUAAAAACAGAGGCUGUGAUAAAAGCAACUAUCAUACUGCUGAGCAAAAUGGCAAGACUCCAGUGGCAGAUGAUGACAGAGCAUCACGCUCUGUGGUUUUUGAGAUCCUUCAGAAUGUGACUGGACAAAGUGCUGCUGGGCAGACAGGGAACAGAGCAGAAAACAUGUCCGUGUACUGCGGCAAAACCAAAGUAUUUAUGGCGAAUUCUGUGCUGGAGCAGCUGGAAACUAGAAGAGCAGAGGUGCUAAAUGAGAAAGCAUUUUGCAUUCAGUGUUGCUGGAGAAGAUUUAAACAGAGGAAACUAGCAAAGGAGAGGUGGUCUGCAACUGUCAUCCAAGCAGCUGUUCGUUCCUGGUUAGCCAAGAAUCGCUUCCAAAGGAUGCGCAGGGCUGCUCGUGUCAUUAAGUGUGGCUGGAGGAAAUGGAAAGCAAAAAUGGCUGCAUUAGCAGCAGCAGAAUUGGAUGAGGGUGAAGAAAAGGGGUUCUCCGCUCCUGGAGCUACGCUGAUCUCAGCCAAACCACCUUGCUCUUUGGAAACAACUUGGCCUCUGCAGGCAGUAAUUCAGUUCUGGCCUCUUGGGCUUGUCCUGGCUGCUGCACCCAUUACUGUAACAGGGCCUCGGAGGGACCUGUCCUUGCUGGCAUGUCUCAAAGUGCUUCAGGAGAAUGACUGCUACAAGGUGAAAAGCUGUUUCUUUGGCUGUGGCAUCACCUCCAUUAGAGCUCUCCCACAGGGCUCUGUCAAGUUCCACUGUAAGAAGUCUCCCCUGCAUUACGCAGAUGUCAGCCCCCACACAGAUGCCUACUCCAUCACUGGAUUUAACCAGAUUUUAUUGGACAGAAAAAAGCUCCUUCCAACAUAGCUUUUGGCCAUCUUACUGGACUUUUUCCUUCAUGGAAGGGCUGUCUGCAAGCUGCUGCUUUCAAAUUACUUAACGUCCAUAUCUGCUGCUA